AUGGCCGACGCAGCGCAAAUCGAGGCAGACCUCCUAGCCGCCCUGGGCGCGUCAAUGCCCGAUCCCGAGCCAGUGGUGAAGCCAGAGCCUACCGACACAGAUACGUCUACGCUCUCCAGUCUGCCGCCCUCCCAGCCUGCUGUUUCGGAUACACUUCCUGCUACAACUACACUCCUUGCUGCCCCAGUCGCGGCGGCUGCUCCGACCGUGUCUGCUCCCGUCUCCCCGGCAGUGUCUGCUCAACAUCCUGUUAGCGCCUCGGUUCCGAACCUGUCAGCGACAGUGACGGAGACUUCAGUCCCUCCAGCCGCGCCGGCGACUGCCCUGGUACCCCCUCCAGCCUCAGCUCCAGCUCCAGCCGCCCCUGUUGUGCCUUCAGGAUCUCAGACGUUAGCGACCUUCGAGACGAACAAGUCAUCGAUCCCACAGCCGCCGCCGACUACACAGCCGUCUAUUCCCCCCAGGAUAGACUCUCCAGCCCAGUCGCUCCCGCAGACAGUCCCUCCCGCGCCAACGCCCGCGCCAGCUCCUGCACUUGCUUCCCAACCGUCCGGUGCUGUGCGCUCUCCAAAACGCCCACGAAGUCCAAAUGACGUCCUCGGUAACAGCGUCAAGAGACCCAAGAUCGAACCGGCCGAGCAGAAGGAUGAGCCGAUGCUGGAUGUCCCCGACCUUGACGUGGCAGCCAUGUUAAACGAUGCGCUCGCCAACUUCGAUCAGCAAGCGAAUAACUCGAAUGGCGCCGCGGACGUCUCCAUGCCUGACGCCGAUAAGGCUACGAAGGCCCCAAGUGCCACGUCCGAGGCGGACAAGCCCGAGAACAAGAUUAUGAAGGCGUCGAGCAACCCGUUCUUUGUGAUGCGCUCGAUGAGCUUGCCGGUUCUGGGGAACAUCGCUGUCCAGAUCUUGCUCAGGCUAUCUCAGCAGUCGCGCGCUGAGACGGACUCGCUCUUGUCUGAUGCCAAGUCUGACUUUAGAAAGUCCUACGAUAUGGUGGCAGAGGCGUUCAGGGCAACGCGGAGGAUAUUCUCUGAUACUCCCUUACUUUCGGCUGACGAACUGGAGAUUUCGGACUCGGAAGACCGCGAGACAAUCCGUAUAUCAAACCUGGCGGCCACGGCGGCGAGUGCUUUUGUUGCGCAUGACGUGCCCCUGGGGGAUGUUCACGAGGCCUUCUUCACCAUCUUCAUUCCAGAAGAUGGGGAGUACAAGGACUCGCUGUCUGACUUGCUGGUCUGCAUCAAGACGCGGCUGUUUCUCGAUGAGGCGAGUCGUGCAGAGCAGGGGCAGUCACAGACGAACCCUCUUGACACGUUCUUCCCUCUGAACUUUGAUGAGACACUCAAGCAAAGGAGUGGGGAUGUGCUGUUGACGCCGGAUGAGCAGCAGCUGGUUAAUAAGCUCAAGGAGAGGAGAGACCUCUUGACUACUAUAUCAACGGACGAAGUUGUCAAGAAGUCCAUGGAAGAGCAAGCCUCCAUGGACAAGUAUAUCAAUGCCCUGAGCAACUUUUUGCAAGGCCAUCUCGCUGUCGUUGUCGACUAUGCGGAGAAGUACGGUGUCAACAUUCCCCUGAAUGAGGAUGAGAGCCUUUCGGGUCGCAAUGUGGAUGGCGCUCAAUGGCGGGAUGGGAGCCAUGCUUCUAGGACGACGCCGCAGCUUCCUCAAGCAAAUGGUAUCUCAACCCAAGCAAAAGACUCCCGGCAACCAUCAACAAGCGGGGAUGAUGCGCUCGACCUGAAGAAGUUAAUUGAGGAGUCGCUCAACAGUCAGCUGCCAGAGCUGAAGGAGCCACCUCCACCAGAGCAGCCUGUCACCACCACCACCGGGGUGCCAGAUGCUGAUAAGCCCCUGGCCUCUUUCAUUCAGGAGAAGCUCAAGACAGAGAUUGAACCUCAAACCCACGGGAUCACUAACAUGGCGACGCCGGCGCAUCCCGCUUCCACUACCGCCAACCAAACGACCGCCACUACUUACCAGACUUAUACCCAAACUACGGCAACUACCACGAAUCCUCUUAUCCCUGGCCAAGAGGUGCUUCCUCCCAAUCAGUCUAUGCCCACGGCGGCUCUGUAUGAAAAAGCUCGGCAGGCAGCCGUCGCCAAGUCGUCCAACACUACGCGACGCGAGGGCCUGCACUCAACCAGGAGGCCGUGGACUCCUGAAGAGGAGAAAGCACUUAUGGCGGGGCUUGACAUGGUCAAGGGUCCUCAUUGGAGUCAGAUCCUGUCACUCUUUGGGCCCAAUGGCACCAUUUCAGAUAUUCUGAAGGACCGUACCCAAGUCCAGUUGAAAGACAAGGCUCGGAACUUGAAAUUAUUCUUUCUUAAGACCAAUUCCGAGAUGCCCUAUUAUCUCCAGAGCGUCACUGGGGAGUUGAAGACUAGGGCGCCGAGUCAGGCUGCUCGCAAGGAGGCAGAGGAGAAAGCGCGGAUGAAUCUUGAGGAAGACAAGGCUAGGAUUCAGGGCAUCAUGACCCUAGCUGGUGGUCUGCAGAACAACCAGCAAGCCGGUGCUGUGAAGCGAGGAGGUCAGGUUGGAGGUGUUCCUGGACAAGUCGGGGCGCAUGGUCUUCCUGCAGGCCAACAACCUGUGCCGAAGACAUCAUCGUUCCCUCCGAUCCAGCCGGCACCGUCGACGGUCGGAGCUAUGCCACAGCAGAACAUGAAGCCUCAGUACGCUCCGUUGCAACCACAACCUGGUGGUAUCCAACAGCAACCCAAGCAACAACCCCAACAGCAAUAUUACGCGCCGCCGCAACAACAGCAGCAACACCCUCAGCAAGGAGUCCAGAAGCCGCUCCCGCCGCAGCAGCAGCAGAUUCGGCAACCUCUGCCACAAACACCACAACCAGCGAGAACACAGACCCCUGGGCAGCAAGUACCGCAGGCCCCAUUGCCCCAGACGCAGCAGAGGCCACCCCAACAGCCAUACCUUCAACAACCUCAACAGCCGUUGCCACAACAGCAGCAGUUUAAGCAGCAGCCGGGGACCCAAGGGCAGUUUUCUCAGGCACAGGCUGUUCCCUCGGUACCACAACAGCACAUUCCUCCGAAGCCACAGGUGGCGCAGAUGCAGACUGCACAAGUGCCAGCAACGCAGCCAGUGUCCCAGGUGACACCUCAACCGGUUCCACAACCUGGGGCCCAAGCCGUGCUUCAAGGGGUAGCUCACCCGGUAUCUCAAGCAACACCAUUACAGACGCAGCAACUGGUGCCACAGGCUCCUAUGAACACAACCCCAAGUGUCACUCCAGCGCCUACAAUCACUCCGGCGGUUAACAAUACCGCCGCUACGACUGCUGCCUUCCCCUCGACAACCUUCCCCACGGCCGGAGUCACUUCCACAACCAGCCCUGUCACUACGACACCCAAACCUGCUAACCCUCCAGCACCAACACCCGUCGCGGUGCCCGCUCCAACAACAACAACAACAACAACUACUACUACUACUACUACUACUACUACAACUACAACUCCCGCUCCGGCACCAACGCCUACUCCCAUCGCCUUCCCUCCCCCGUCAAUCCCGCCCAACCAUCACUCUACACCCGAUCCUGUCCCGACAGCUACGCAGCAAGCUCAACAGACUGCGCAAGCUCAAGCACAAGCUCAGGCUCAGGCCCAGGCAGAUACGAAGUUGUUUGAGACGCUGCAGGCUGCUAUUGCUGCUGCGACGCCCCCUACGCCAUCACCGACGGCUGCUACGGUGCCUGUAGCAGGAGCGAUGGUUGAUGGGAGCGGUGCCGCAGCAGGGAGCCAGACUAACCCGACGGCUGCUCCGGUGACGGCGACGGCGCCUGCUUCCGGGGCGGCUGGCUCGGGAGGUAAUCGUUGA